GCAGGACUGGGGAGGAGGGGGGGAGGCUCGCCAGUGCGAGGGUGGUGGGUGCAGAGAUUGCUUGGGGACCGCAUGUCGGGCUGACUCACGGGGCUGUGGUGGCAGACAGCCAGAAGCCUGCAUCUGGUGAGCUGGGGUUUCGCCAAAAUAGCACUCUCUCUCUACCCACAGAGAACCCAGGGCACAGGCUGGGUGCUGACAGAUUGAGAGAGGUAGCAUUUGCUAACAGAACACUCAAGUACGUCUGACGGGUCCACUAUCUACACAUUGCUAAGAAACCAUCAGGGUUGAUAACCGCUGGCUUGGACGAUGUAAACCCCAUGACUGGAUUUCUUUCUUCUGAUGCUGUCUCGACACAUGCUUCCUUGAUGUGGAGCGCUCCUUAGCUGAAGUACCUACCAGCUCCAGCCCAUAACACACUUUUGGUGCCAUAAUAGGGAGCACUUUGUGAAACCUGAGUGAAAUCAGAAGGGUGUUCCUGCGCGGCUGUUUUUUGAGACGUGGGAGAUGGUAAAAUUCUGCACUGGAAGUUUACAAAGGAAAGAGUAUUUUUUUUAAGAUUUUAUUUAUUUAUUUGACAGAGAGGUAGAGAGAGAGCACAAGUAGGCAGAGAGGCAGGCAGAGGGAGAGGGAGCCCGACGUGGGGCUCAAUCCUAGGACCCUGGGAUCAUGACCUGAGCCGAAAGCAGCCGCUUAACCCACUGAGCCACCCAGGUGCCCCAAGAGUCUACUUUUCUAAAACUGUUCUAACAGCUAACAGUAGUUUUAAGAUAGAGCAGGUUCCCUACGUAACAACGAGAUUCAUACUCCAAAUGCAAAAACCUAGUCAUGAAUAUGGUGAGUCUUGAUACUAAGUCAUUUACUUUGCAUGAAACAUCUUGAAUUUUAAGAACCUGAGCUUUCAAAGAUACAGCCAUUGAUAAAACAAAAAUGCUAAGUGUCACUUUUGUGAAAAUCCUGUGAAGAGCAUGGUACUUUUCAAAGCCCUCAGAAACUAAGGUCAAUAUAUCCAGCCCCCAAACAAAUGGGAGGCUGGAUGUCCAAGAGGGAGAAGACAAAUCAAUCUGUCAGAACCAGACAGAAGCCUUUCAUAGAUUUCAUUUGUUUCACGCUCAUUUCUUUGGAUGGGGCUCACAAACCAGAGCCCCAGAUGCCUGCAACUUUGGUUUUUCAUUUUAAAUGCCAGCCUCCCUGCCCAAAACAGGGAAGAAAAAAAAGGCAGUCAGCAUUUGACUCAAGAAUGGAGUUAUAUUUGUUCAAGAGUAGCUGGUUGCUGACCCAGGCCACUGCUCACACUGGUUUUGCUAUGAAGUUCUGGACAUUCUCCCCGAAUUCACUUUUCUAUCCCAUUUUUAUUUCAGCUCGGCAAGCCUUUAUAGAUAUAAAGAUGGAAAAGAUACAAGUUACUCUGACCAGAUUCGGGUUUCCCAGGAGUCUGAGAGCAAUGCAAAUGAUUUUUGGUCAUCACCUCUUUUUGCCAAGCCCCCACAGUGGUCAAUUCCAACAGAUAGGAGAGAAUCAAAAUCACAAAAACAAAUUCUUUACUGCCAAAUUAAACGAGAAUUCUCUACUGCCACGUGCCCUUCUGUAUAGAUGCCGGAGAGGACAAAACUGUUCCUCAAGUUUAUUAAAUAAUGGGUCCUUAGAAGAACAGGAUGAAGAGAAAUUCAUAAUAUCGGCAAUGUUCAGCUUGAACCUCGGUUCCAGACUGAAAAGAAAACUUCUUCCAGACCUCAUCACCAUCAGCAAAUUUUAUUCAAGCACUGGACAUACAAACCGUAUAAAAGCAACACAGAUCUCUCUGUGCUUCUAUUCAUGCUGUGUCUUCACCUGGGUUCUGGUGGGGGUGAUUCUAGGAUACUUCCUGAUGAAUACUGAGGAACUGAACCAACUCCAAUCAAAAUUCAGUGGGUUUUUUGUGUCCAAAUCAGACAAAAAGGAUGAUUUUAUUGCGAACUGAGAAGCAAAACAACUUUAUACUGUCUGCCACCACACUGUAAAAGGAGAGCAUAUAUGCCUGUCAUCGGUAACCAGCAACUUUGGAGAAGGCGCCUCCGGUAUCCUUAUUGGUAAAAGGAUGAUAAAACAGCGGGAGCAACAAGAUGAAAGAGGAUUUCAGUCCUGUCUGGGUGCUGCCUCUAACUCACUUUGUAUCUCUUCUCUCUCAUGGCUGGAACUUCUCCACAUGAAAAAAAAGAAAAUAAGAGAGAGCACUGUGUUGUUUGACUCUCUCCCUGCUCUAGUAUUCUCUAACAACUCCUUUCUACUGGUCCUACCAUUCUAGACCACACUCUCUACCCUCCAUCACAGGGUUGGAGGAACACACACACACACACACACACACGGACCAUAAUAAUUACAGUUAACUUGUACUGAAGACUUCGGAGGUGCCAGGCACUAAUGCUAAGCACUUAAUUCCCCUCACAUCCCCUCACAUCUCAACACUGUCAGGACAGAGGUUCUACUAUUACUGUCAUUUCAGAUGAGGACGGAGACACACAAAAAGCUUUCUUUUGUCCCAAAUCACAAGGCUAAGAAGUAGCCUUGCCAGGGAGUUACAUUCAAGGGCUUUUACCACUCCAGAACUUGACUUGAGCGCUUAGUGUUUUCUUAGAUGGCUGUCACAAAAUAUAAAACUUUGAAGAUGGGGAUAGCAACAGCAACAACAAAAACCAAGAGGAUUCUGUGUUUUUGAGGCUGAGGAAAGAAUCCCUUCCCCAAUCAACAAGAAAAGAUCAUAAAAGAUCCAUCAAAUAAAACUGAUAUUAUUCCACAUAGAACUCCUUUUCAGAGCUUUAAGAAUUCUUUGAUGUAGGAAAGACAUUAGGGUUCCAAGCCGACAGCCAAGAAGGUAUUCUUGAAACAUCUUUGGUACAAAAAGGUGGUUUUAUUAAAGCACGGGGACAAGACCUGUGGGCAGAAAGCUGCGCUGGGGUCAUGAGGAGUGGCCCAUUAUAUACUCUCAAGCUGGGAGGAAGUUAGGGAUAGUCUAGUCUCUAGCAAUUUUGCAAGCAAGGUUUCCAGGACCUUGAGGGGGCUAGCUGUUGUUGGGAAAGGUAAUGUAUUACUGUCUAAUAAAACCUUAGUCAUGAGACCCUUGAUGUAUAUCGGUGGAUCAUAUGCUUG